UGUGUGUCUACUAACUUUUCUAAAAUGUAACAAAGUUUUACUUUGAUUCCAUUUACUUGAAGGUUGAUAAUACAAUAAAUUAAAAAAAUGUUUUAACAUUUCGCUUUGUCAAUAUUUUGUUCUGACCGAUAUAUCAAAUAAUAAGAGACUAACUAAGAGAAUAACUGAAGAGCUAUAGGACUUUUAUUCCCACAAAUUAUUUUAGACAUUCAUAUGCAUAUCUGGUUCAAUGGUAUCUGUAUUUAAAAAAUUGGUGCUUGUACUUGUACUCGUCUCAUACUCUAAGGCUCGGUACUCAUACUCGACUCGUACUUGAGAAAUCCCGUACUUGCCCAACUCUGAUUCUGUGGCUAAAGAGAUGUGCUUGAAACAUUAUAUUGUCUUGUUUUUCUUUCUCUCUUUCUUAAAGGCGACGAAAACAACAAACACUGUUGCAGUACCGGUCAUCAACUUCGUGCUUUUGCCGGUAUUAAAUUUGAAAUAACAAAUGAAGCGAGCCUUUAUCAAUGUACUGAAAUUGAAGAUCACAGUUUUAUUGUCGUUAAAGGAAUUAGAAGGAAAUGGUCUGAAGUGAAAAAUGACUAUCAACAGUGGGACUUUAAUGUUCUGACAACUACUGAUGAAUCAGUUAGAUUAAAAAGUAAAGUUCUCUAUGUUUGGUCAAAAGUUGGAAAGAAAUUCUGUGACACGCAUGAAAUGGUCUUUGUUCAAAAUAAUACACCACGUCCACCUCCUGCUUUCUAUCAUUAUAUUCUUCUGCUGGAUAAUAGUGGCUCAAUGCAACAAGAAGAUCGUUGGCCAAAUCUAAUGGCCGGUGUUAAUACAUUGGUACACGCUCGUGCAAGUGUUGGUUCUUCUGAUCGGAUAACAAUUAUAUCGGUUACAAGUCGAGCUAAACUCUUCUGUUCAAAUGAAAUAAUGAACAAUGUUGAUACAACAAAAAUUCAAAAACCAAAUGGAGGUACAGAUUAUGGUCCUGCUCUUGACUUAGUAAUUAAGACGAUGGCAGCGAACACUCCUUUACCUGCAACAACAACAACUUCACAAGCAACCGAAAGCAGAACAACGAUGACCAGAACAACCACCAUAAAGCUUCCUUUUAUUAUUGUGCUAAUGAGUGACGGAGAAGCACCAUAUCCAAACAGCCAGCUUAUUCGUCUACUAACAAUGAAAGAUCAAAUAGCUGAAUUUUGGACUGUUGCCUUAGGUAAAGAACAUAUCCCGAUACUUUAA